UUUCCACGGAUUAUACUCCGUGGGCUUUUCUUUUCUCUUGUCUCUUCUGUUAACUGUAACCAGCAUAGUUUUUUUAUCUCAUAUCGUGCGUAAUGUGUUAAAAGACAGAAAAUUUUACUUUACUGUAUUAAUAGGCUAUGUCAAGGCAGGUCUUUUUUGAACACGACAUUCGAGGACCAAGUACUAGUAAAUAUAGAUCAGUUCCAGCAAUGGGAAGACAAAAGAAAUUUCGUGAUUCAUAUGCAAGAGGUGGAAAGCUAGUUGCUGUAGAUUUAGAUGGAGAUGUGGAUAUGAACUCGCAUACUUUUACAGAACGUAGAUUUAAUCCCUAUGGUGGUCAAAGACAUCAUGGAAGCAGAAAGAAACAUAAGAAGCAAAGUGGUGGUAAAUCAAAACAUUAUCGUGAUGGUGCAGCUGGAUAUGAAGUUGGUUCAUGGCAUAAAAUCACUAUUCCAUAUGGUAAAAAAAGUGGAAAAGCCUUUAUCCUACGAUCAAUUGUUUCUCGCUGCAAAGUUCCAUUUAUACCAAUCAAUUUUCAAUUCAAUGGAAAUGCAGCUGAGUUUUAUGUAGAGGAUCCUGAUGCUGCACGUCAUAUUAAAGAUGUUCAUCGCAGAGUUAUCACACCAGAUGGAUUUAAAAUGCAUGUGUUGAUUUCUCGAUGUGCAGCACCUACUAUUUCUAUAGACCAAGAAACAUCAGAAGCAAUCAAGACUUGCAUGAGUUCUCGAUAUGACACCAUGACUCACACUUUAGAUUUGUCCAAGUUUCAUGUUGAUACGAGUCUAAAGAACCUUGGUCUUUACAUUCCUUUACACAAAACUGUUUUUUUUAAUGCUGUGAUGAAAAUAGUCAAAGAACACAUACCUCAGCUCGAAACAUUGAAUCUUGCUGACAAUAAGCUAUAUUCUUUACAACCUAUGAAUAUUCUUGUUCCUGUGUGCAAACAGUUGAAGACUCUGAGUCUCCGAAAUAAUAAGAUCCGAUCUGUUGCAGAAUUAAACCAUUUGAAAGGAAUGGAUAUCUUAGAUUUAGUAUUGGAUGGUAACACCUUACGUGAUGAAUUUAAAGAUCUAAGUACAUAUAUCAGUGCCAUUCGAGAUAAAUUUCCCAAGUUAAUUCGUUUGGAUGAUCAAGAUUUACCUGCUCCAAUUGGAUUCGAUUUAGGCCCCGAAACUUUUCCGCCAUCAAAGAAAAGCUUCUUUGCAGCUGAAGAUGUUAAAGAUUUAGUAAUUCAGUUUUUGGAUCAAUAUUAUACCAUAUAUGAUUCAGGGAAUCGUACACAACUUUUAGAAGCAUACCAUGAUCAGGCAAAUUUCUCUUUAUGUUUAUCAAGACAUUCUUCUCCGAAGUCAAACAGCGGUACUCUUGGAUCCUACAUUUCGGAAAGCAGAAAUCUCUUACGAGUUACAAAUAACAAUGAAAGGUUUAAAUUGCUGAAACAAGGAAAGUUAAAUAUUGUGAGCACGCUCUCAGAAUUACCUCAAACCAUGCAUGACCCAACAUCUUUUAGUGUGGAUAUUUUCCAUAUUUCGCCUGGUUUGAUGAGUUUCUCUGUAGUGGGAGUAUUCAAAGAAGUUGGAGCUGACAUAAAUAAUGCUACCUUAAAAACCUUUAGUAGAACAUUUGUAGUUGUUGCCCAAGGGCAAGGUUUUGUUAUCACAAAUGAGACCUUAUUCAUUGCUCAUGCCAGUCAAGAGCAGCAAGCAAAGGCUUUCCAAGUUCCAGCACCUACUCCUUCACCUAGCCCAGCACCUUCAACAGAAGAAAAAAGCAUCAGUGAAAAACAGUUGCUUGUUCUCGAACUGUCAAAACAGACUGGGAUGAUUUCAGAAUUUUCAACAAAAUGCCUUGAAGAAAAUGAUUGGGAUUACCAAAGAGCUUUAGCAGUUUUCUUAAAAUUUCAAAGUGAAGGUAAAAUACCGCCAGAAGCAUUUGCCACAGUACCAGUACAGUGAUACAGUAUGGAGAAUUUUUAUCAACACUUAAUAUUUUCCAAGCAGAAACAGCAAGUAUAUCAUGCUGUGAUUAAAGACUAUCAUGUUAAAACAGUUUCCAGACUGUUUACUGACAUAAUUAUUGACUUACAGGAUGUGAUAGUAUAAUACGAGAUGUUAAGAGAAAAAACAUUUUUUUUUUUU